AUGAAGACAGAUGAGAAACUAGCCGGUGAAACUACCAUUUUCGGGAUCAGACUAUAUUCGACAAAAGUUACCGGUUUCUACGAGGAGGUCAGUCGCUCUAAACGGUCCACAAUCGAAGUCUCUCCGAAGCGGUUAAUUAGGAAAUUUGGUUCCGUGUGGAACCAAGCUUGGACUGCAGGUUUCCGUGAUGUAUCAGGUUCAUCUAUCACAACCUCUGAUCUUGUGGCUUUGUACCCGUUGAUGAUCGCUAGAAUGGUUGUGGAACCGCACACAGACCGUUCGUAG